AUGUACGGAAAUCCUCGAGCGGAUGACUACUAUGCAGAACCCAGUGGCCAUCGCCAUAGCCCCCGUGUUGAACCACAGUAUUAUCAGAGCAAUUUCGAUGAUGGAGCCAGAUUUACCGAUCGCUUUGAAGACAUGGCCAUUGGCACACACCAUCACUCAUCACAAAGUGAAGACUAUGGUAAACGAGGCACAUCUCAUCACGUGGAUGGCAUAGGCUCGGACUACCUUUCUACACAAAGCGGACAUGACGGUACACGAGGUACGCACCACCACAAGGACGACGAAGAAGCUCCACACUCAAAAUCAGUUCGUCAGCAAGCUGGAGGGAGGAAAGAGCUCAGAGAGCGACUAUUCAAACAAGCCUUGCAGCCGUUCAACAAACACAGUGGAACGCCCUACCCUUGUACUCAAGCUGACAUCGAUUUCCACCUGAAAAGUUUCAAAUCACGCAAUAGAGGUCCCUUCGUGAAAAACUGGGACGCAACGAAAGAAGUCUUGUGGCAGAAUGACGAAGCAAGGCCUGUCCCUCCGGCCGAAAUCGCUGCCAUCAACAGACUCUUGGACGCUGCUAACAGCGCUACAGACGGAGUCGUCCUCGGCCCCGAUUUUGCUAUCAAGGCAUUCUCCGAUCUUGAUCUUCUCUUCUUUGGCGGCCGACUCCGCGGCUACGUCACCGUGAAAUGGAAAGCAAAUGAAUAUUUUCGCAAAAAUGGACACCAGAAAGGAACUUGGGCCUUAACCGAGGGACAAUGCACAAGCUCCGAAAAGGGACAGUGUCGGAUCGUGCUGAAUGCCACCAUGAUAUUCAAGGAAGCGUGGACGAAGCAAACGCCAAAUCCCUCGGAGAGCAUGAUCGGGACGUUGUUACAUGAGAUGUGUCAUGCUUAUGAGUCAGUUCGGUCCCCCAACGAUUUAGAGCCACACGGUGGGCACGGCAAAUUAUUCGGCACGAGGAUUGGCGUUGUCGACAAGCGAGCUAUGCGGAUCUUGGGACUGUGGGCGAUUGAAACUUGGGAGCCGCAUCGGCAGCACCAUAUCUUUGUCCCACACUGCGUGGAGGGCGAAGGAGAUCGUGACGGCGAAUACUACGGGAGUAGCAGUCAUGGCGGUGGCAGCAGAACCGGUGCAAGCGAGACGCACAAAAGGAGCGACGAAUCUGGCAGAAGAGGUAAGCCAGAUGACGGAGGAAAACUUGAUAGUAGUAGGAAGAAUGGUGGGAGCUCGAAAAGGCCAACAAGAGGGCACAAAGGUACGGAUUGUGUGAUAAUGUAG